AGACAGUUAAGAUGGAAAAAAAAUUUUAGGAUCCUGGUUUUGCAAAUGAUAUUGGACAUAGCAACUGGUCGUGUUAUCCGCAAGUUCCAUGGCCAUGAUGGUGAGGUUAAUGCUGUUAAGUUUAAUGAGUAUGCUUCUGUGGUUGUAUCUACUGGCUAUGAUCGUUCAUUACAUGCUUGGGAGUGCAGGUCUCAUAACAUUGAGCCUAUCUAGGUUUAACCCUUUAUCAUUUCAGAAAUUUUAUCAUGUUAAAUGGAUUCAUUUUAGUCUAAACUACCAAUGUACCGUGUCUAAAGUUCUUGAUAGUAUACAAAUAAUCGAUACAUUUUUGGACACUAUGAUGUCUGUAUGUUUGACAAAGAUGAAAAUUAUUGGUGGGGGUGUUGAUGGAACUGUUUGAACCUUUGACAUUUGUAUGGGUAGGUAUGUAGCCAAAAGAUAAUUGGUACUUUUUUUCCCUAUAAUGUAAAUAAAUAUCUAUAUUAUGACUGCAAUCAUUUUGGAAACUUUCGAUAAUGAUGUUUUCUUCUUUGUAUGUAUAGAGAAACAUUUGAUGGCUUAAGGCAACUUGUCAAUUGUAUGUGAAUGUCAAAUGAUGGCAACUAUAUAUUGGCUAGUUGCUUAUAUUCUACUCUACGCCUUUGGAUCGGUAUUGUCAUGUACUUGUGUGGAUUCUUGCUGCAGGUUAUUUUUUUGGCUUUUGCUAACCCUUAUCUUGGGUCUUUCACAUGCCAGGUGUACAGGUGAAUUGUUGCAAGACUACAAAGGACACACUUGUAAGCAAUGGUUAUCUUGUGGUGUCUUCAACCACAAAUACUUUCGGAUUGAGUGUCCAGCCUCAUUUCACCUGUGCCAGUAUCUUCCUAAUGUUGCAUUGUUUUGGGUCUUUAUGUAAUUAUUGUCCUGGAUUUUGUUGUAUAUUAUGAAGUAGUAACAAAGUUCAUGCGAAUUUGUGUGCCACGUAAGGAGAUGAGAAACAUUGUCAUAUAGAUAACACUGAAGAUUUGUCAUUAAUUUGAAGAAGCAGAAGAACCUAGAAAAAUAAUAUGGUCUGGAUUUUCGUAUCUCUUCGAAGUUUUGCAGUGUAAUUAAGUUUCUUUGUAUCUCAAUUUCUCUUUUUCGUUUGUCUAAAGGAAAAAAAAAAUAUUUGCACUCAUGAUGAAAGAAUGAGGAAUAUCACUUUGUGAUUCUACUUCUGCAAUUACCAAAUAUAUUGUAAAUUUCUAU